GAUAAAAUUGUAAACAUGGAUAAAACGUUAACUUAUUUAGCAGAGGUAGAGGCUGUAGCGCAAGAAAUUAUCCAACAUAAAGAAGAAAAGUUACGACUUAGUAAUAGUCGUAAUAAGUUUAAUGAAGCGUUGAGGUGUCUGCAAAAAACUGAGCAUAGAACAACAUUCCUGGACUUGGGACGAACCCUGUUGGAGUUCCCAAAGGAUUUGGCCAUGGAUUUAAUACAAAAAGAUAUCAAAGAGACUACUGAUGAGAUCGAUAGAUUGCACAGUGAGAUAAGAAACAAGGCUGGUGUUUUGAGGGAUCUGGAGCAUGAAGAGAGAAUAGUGGGCUUUGGAUUAAAGCCAUUAAGUGCUAAGGAAGCAAGUGCUUUAAGUAAAGCUAUCAAUUAUUAGGAGAAUAAAAUUUAUUGGACACUAA